UUUUCAUGUUUCAUACACUUUUUUCUCAUUUAAUAUUUAAUAAAAGUUUAAAACAAGUCUUGUUUUCUUUCCUUAAAUGCUUUAUUUGCCAAAUACGUGCUAAAUACAUCCGAUAUAGGCCAUAUAGAUCGUGCUAGUCCAGUACAUAGGCUAGCUUUCACACCCAAACUCGCCGCCAUCUUGAAGCCUGCUUAUUGGAAUAUCCCAGAUAUAGUCAUAACUCCAUCCUGGACCGAGGGUAUGAUCAUAAACGGGCAGCACUGUACCAAAAUAUGGGAAUGUGUAACCCCAUAACAACGAAAAAACGUUUUAGUGAACUAUAAUUGGCUCUUGUUAUAUAAAUUAUCCCCACACAUGGACCUCAACACUGAAAUUUCCCCCCUUAAAUACAGCGCAGAAUCCCUUCUUGUAGGCAAUUUUGAAUGGUAAUAACCCUAAUAAGUAAAAUAUUAACUAUACCUAUAUUAGUCUAUGCAUGUCAUAAAAUUAGCAACAAUAACUGCAAAAUAAGAAAUCCCAACAUAUUAGGAUGCCCUUUCUUAGCUUGUAGUUUUUAAUUUUUUGUGUCCCACCCAAACACCGCCAGUGGGCCACCCCUGUAAGAACUUUCUAGAGCCGCCCCUGCUAACACGGCGGCCCCGUUCCCUUUAUUUGUGCCAGCUGCGGGCAAACCAGCCCUGGGGCUCUGCCAGUAGUGCCGCGACACGAAAUGGGACGCAGCCAUUGUUAGAGUUAAUACUACAACUUUAAGAAGCGUUUAAUUAGCUGUUCAUGGUGAAACGCUGAGCUACACACGAGUUAGCUCCUCAUAAUGGGUGUGCUCUCGACUUUUUUUUGGCAGAUAAAACAUUUAAGUGGCUGUUUUAUUAAAAACGAGUCGCCGGAGCGCGUUUCAGUUAGUGGCUAAUUAGCCGCCGUGAAGUUAAGCUAGCAGGUUGGACGAGUUUAUAUACGAUGUAAACAAAUGUGAGGCGGAAACUAGCUGGCCUGAGCUAAACUUAUCUGCAACUCCACGGCGGCUUUAUUUUCCAAGAGCAGACGCUGAAAUGACAGUCGAAAGAGAGACAGGACAGUGGAGGAGGAGAAUGGGGGAACAGGUUGCAGCAAAGGGCCAUGAGCAGGAUUCGAACCCAUGGCCACUGCAUCGGAGACUAAAGCUCCCGUACUUGGGUCGCCAGCUCAACCAGGCCUGCGGCCAUCAGCCGUCCACUUCAGCAUCCCGGACCUGUUUCCUUUACCCACCGGGCACAAGAGAAGCAUGAACGUGGACGUGGAGGGGAUUAUCCAGUGCAUCAAGCAGGGGGAUGAGAACGGUGUUCAGAUGCAGCUGCAGGAGUUCAACAAAGAGUACGCACAGUGCUUCUUCUUUGAUGCAGAGGAGAGGGAAAAAAAGAAACAAAGGAAACUAGAAGAGUUCAGGAAAAAUAAAGUGAGGGACUACGCUGACUCUGACUCCGACUUUGACGAGUACGACCAGGAGGAUCGAGGCCUCAUCCUCAGACAGAAUUUAGCUCUUGUCCUCCUGAGGUUCAUAAGAACAGGAGUCAAAUGUCGUCUUUUGAGAGUGUCUCUACGCACCCUGAGAAUCCUGUCCAGGGACAAAAAGGUCUUGGGCCCUUUGGUGACCGACAACGCUCUCCUGACUCUGGCCAAGCUAGCCGGGCUGACCACAAGUGACUUCAGUGAAGAAGCCAGCGACCCCGACUCUGAUUUCUACGACAACAUCAUCACUUCUCUUGCCGAGGCCAAAGCGCUGCAGAGUCACACUGACGAGGAUGAAGCUGACGGCAACGACCAAAACGAGGAGUGCUCCGCUUUUGACGACGAUGCCAAGAGCGACAUCAGCAUCGCCAACAGCGGGGACAUGGACAGCAUCAGCUGGUUCGGGAGCCACAGGACCAGCAUCAACGAAAUGCACCGGGGUGGCGUCCAUCACAAGGUGCUGGAGCGAGGGAGGAGGGACCGCAGAGAGAGCAAGAUGGAGAUGGAGGAAGAGGAAGAGGAGGAAGGGGAGUCAGGGGAGGAGGCCCAGAGAAAAGAGGCCAUGAAGGUGUUGUGUAACGUGGUUUACAACAGCACCUGGGCACAGGAGAGGUUCAGUGCUCUCAGGCUCCUGUGUGGUCUCAUAGAGCGUCUGUCCUCCAGUGUGAACUGCUCGUCUCCCUCCAGUGUUCAGUUCUAUGAAUUACGCCUCAUGUUCCUCAUUACUGCACUGCGGCCGGAGCUCAGCACUCAGCUUCAUCAGGAGGGGGGGGUUUCAAUCCUCACAGCGGCCUUGGAGAGCUGCCUGGAUGUGCAGUGGAAGGAGCAGUAUGAGUGUGUGCUGGACCCAGCGACACCACCCAUCUCUCUGGAAGCCUCUCAGCGUGUCACUGAGAUCCUUAAAAUCCUUUUCAAUAUCACCUACAGCACCCACAGGCAGGAGCCAAGUGAGGACGAUGCAGCUCUGUACCGACACCUGGUGGCGAUCCUGCGACUCUGCCUGAUGAGGAAAUGCACGCUGACAGAUGACACUGAUGAGCUGCAGGGUCACACAGUCAACCUGCUGUCAGCGCUGCCUCUCCAGUGUCUCGACGUGCUGCUGAUGGUGCCUCUGGGGCCGGACUCAAAGCAGUGUCAGGGGGUCAACAUGGACUGUGUGCACACCCUGCUGAUGUUCAUGGAGAGACGUCUGGAGUCGGGGGAUAAAGUCAAAGAGAAGCUGACACCAAUCCUCAAUCUGCUGACGGAGAGCUGCAGGGCCCACAGAGAAACACGCCACUACAUCAGGAAACAUAUUCUGCCUCCUCUGAGAGACGUAUCACACAGACCAGAGGAAGGCUCCACAGUGAAGAACCGUCUGGUUCGUCUUAUGACUCAUUUGGAUACAGACGUCAAACAUUGUGCUGCUGACCUUAUCUUUGUCCUAUGCAAGGAAAAUGUGAGGCGUUUUGUCAAGUACACAGGUUAUGGUAAUGCAGCGGGCCUGUUGGCCACCAGAGGUCUGCUGGGAGGUCAGGGGCCCAGGACCUCUGAUGCCCAGUACUCCAGCGACUCCGACUCAGAUACCGAGGAAUACCGGCAGGUCAAAGACCGCAUCAACCCGGUGACGGGGCGGGUGGAGGUGGAGCAGCCGGACCCCAUGGAGGGCAUGACGGAGGAGGAGAAGGAGGAAGAGGCCAAGAGGCUCAUCAUGCUCUUCAACAAGCUGUCCAGAGAUAACAUCAUCCAGCCGAUGGGAGUGGAUGCUGAAGGGAAGCUCGUCCCGAUGUCAGGACUUGGGGGAAAUUCCCUCACCGAGGAAGGAAAGUCAGAGUCAGAGAAAGACGGAGAAGCAGGUGAAGGAGAGAAGGACUGAAACAUGUCAAAUCCACUCGUUCAGUUUAUUGAUUGUUCUCUUUGUAAAUAUCCCAUUUCUAAAGUUUGUCAGUGCAUAAAUAUUUAUUGUAACUUCGUGGAUGGCGCCGAAGGAAUGAGAUGUAGUUCUCAUCCAGACACAACCAGCCGUUCUGACAACUGAAGAAAGGAUAUAAAAAAAAGAUCAUUUCACAUUUCUUCUUCUUUGGAUUCAGACUAGUAAUUUAGAGCAGCAAUAAGGUCACACUGGUUCGAAUGAAACUCUGAAUCUGUAGUAGCUCCUGAGAAGGAAUUGAUUUCACGGUGAUAAUACCCAUAAAUGUUUGAAUAAAGUCUUAAAGUCUU